AGAAAAUUCUCACAAGUGGCUAUUGAUACAUCAGUCACAGCUGAAGUGCAUGGGUUAACAACAGCGUUAAUUGUAUCAAAUAACACCUUAGAUCGAUGACUGCUGCUAGAAAUAAUAUUAGAGAGGUACUGAGAUUUUGCUUCGCGUACAGCUCUCUGAUAAUCAGUGAGACAGUCCCUUAACAUUUCCAGAGACACUUGGAGUUUGUCCUUCUUAAAUCUACGUUCUGCCUGCCUGCAGCGUUGCCUGAUGGUGCGGGUGGUGGCGUUCAGCCAGGGGUCAGUUCUUGGCUUGGCAGGUUUCUGCCUAAAAGGGGCAAUAGCAUCCAGAAUCCCAGCACAGGUGGAGUGGAAGGACGGGAAGAAAAUGAUCAGGACAAAAAGGGGGAGCCAGGCUGAUCAAGGGAAAGAACUGUGAGUCAUUGAAGGCAGCAGUAAAUUCAGCGGCCGUAGAGGGAGUGAUGAUACGCCGUUGACAAGAUGAAGCAAGAGGUUUGCUGGCUGGUUGGGCGGCUAACACUUCAAAAAUGAUAGGGAGAUGAUCAGAGAUUGCAGUCUCAGAAAUCUCUUUCAGGGAAACUGAGAGAACGAUAGAUAUAACAAGGUCCAAUGUGUGCCCAAGAUGGUGCGUUGGUUUAUACGGAUUGAAUCAAGUUAAAAGUUGCCAACAGGCUUUUGAAGUCAGUGGCGAGCUGGUCAGAUAGGCAACAAACAUGAACAUUAAAAUCCCCACAGAUCAGGAGCUUGUCAUAUUUUGAGAGCAUGUCAGCCAGAAACUCGGAAAACUCCUGAAUAAAACCCUUAUUGUAUUUCGGAGGGCGAUAAACAAUUGCGCACAACACAGGACUUGCAAACUCCACCGCAAACAAUUGCAGUUCAAACGAGGAGUAUGUACCUGUGGGAAGAAGCCGACAUUUAAAAUUGUCAUUAAACACAGCAGCAAGUCCCCCCCCCCCUCGCCCCGACAACCGCGGGGAGCUGAAAAAAGAACAGCUGGGUGGGAGGAGCUCAGAGAAGGCGCUGUUCUCACCUGGUUUCAGCCAGGUUUCAGUCAAUAGGAGGAAAUCUAAGGAAUGCGAAGUAAAAAAGUAAUUUAGGAUAAAAGUCUUAUGUGCAACAGAUCUGGUGUUGAUAAGAGCCAUGCGAACCAGAUGCAGAUCCGUCUGUUGGGAGGCCCGGUUGACCGGACGGAGAUUCUCCAGCGCGCGGCCCCGUCUACGGAUCCUCACGGGUCGGCGGCAGGGAGGUGGGUACGCGGCCUCCGGUACUACCGGCAGCAGCCAUCGGUAGGAGUAAACCACGGAUCCUCGGAUGUUGUAACUGGCAGAGUCACUGGAGAAACCGAACAGCGGAUGGCGAGCAUUGUACGUGGAGGAUGAAGCCAGGAGCACUUCAGAUUGAGAACAGCGAGGAGUCAGACCAGGGCAAGUACGAGUGUGUGGCAGUCAACGGUGCCGGGACUCGCUACUCGGCUCCGGCUAACCUGUAUGUUCGAGUUCGUCGUGUGCCUCCCCGUUUCUCCAUCCCCCCCACCAAUCAUGAGGUGAUGCCUGGCGGCAGUGUCAACCUGACCUGCGUGGCGGUCGGCGCUCCCAUGCCUUAUAUCAAGUGGAUGACCGGCGAGGCGGAGCUGACCCGAGAGGAGGAGAUGCCCAUUGGCCGCAAUGUCCUGGAGCUUACCAACAUCCGCCAGUCUGCCAACUACACCUGCGUGGCAAUAUCCUCCCUAGGCAUGAUCGAGACCACGGCACAGAUCACUGUCAAAGCACUGCCUAAGCCACCCACCUCCCUCAUUGUGACAGAAACCACAGCAACCAGUGUCACCCUGACCUGGGACUCUGGCAACCCAGAACCUGUGUCCUACUAUGUGAUCCAGUACCGUGCCAAACUGUCUGACAACGGUUUCCAGGAAGUAGAUGGAGUAGCCACCACCCGAUACAGCAUAGGCGGACUCAGCCCCUUUUCCGAAUACGAGUUUCAUGUCAUGGCUGUCAACAACAUCGGCCGAGGCCCCCCAAGUGGUAUUGUGGACACCCGUACAAGUGAGCAAGCACCCUCAUCACCUCCUCUUCGCGUCCAGGCACGCAUGCUGAGUUCCAGCACCAUGCUUGUCCAGUGGGAACCUCCAGAGGAGCCCAACGGCCAAAUCCGGGGCUACAGGGUCUACUACAGCUCUGCGUAUGAUGCCCCACUCAACAAAUGGCAGAAACACAACACAGAUGACAGCCAGCUCACCACCAUCUCUGGUCUUACCACAGACAUCAGCUACAGCCUGAGAGUGCUGGGCUUCACCUCAGUGGGAGACGGGCCUCCCUCUGAUGUUCUCCAGAUCAAGACCCAGCAAGGAGUUCCAGCUCAACUAUCUGGUUUUGAGGCAGAGGCUGAGCUGGAUUCACGCAUCAUGCUAUCAUGGCUCUGGCCUGUCCAAGAUCCUAUCAUCAGCUUUGAACUGCUCUACUGGGAGGUGAACAAUCCCGCAGACAAGCAUCGUGUCACUUUCAACCCUGCAGGCUCCUAUGCAGUUGAUGAUCUCAAGUCAGAUACACUCUACAUGUUUUCCCUGGCAGCACGAUCUGAGAUGGGUUUAGGAGUCUUUACUCAGGCUAUUGAGGGCAGGACUGCCCAAUCCUUGUCUGGAGCUCCUCCCAGGAAGGUGAAGGUGGAUGCCCUCAACUCCACUGCCCUCAGGGUGACCUGGAAGUCUCCCCUGUCUGUGAAGCAGCAUGGCCAGAUCAGAGGCUACCAGCUGGUCUACUCCAGGUUAGAGAAUGGGGAGCCUCAUGGCCAGCCGAUCAUCAUGGAUGUUUCUCAUCCUGAAGCCCAGGAGGCCAUUAUAACGGGUCUGCUCCCAGACACUACCUACUCUUUGACUGUGGCUGCAUAUACUACCAAAGGUGAUGGAGCUCGCAGCAAGGCCAAGAUGGUCACCACCACAGGGGCAGUGCCUGGUAAACCCACUAUGAUGAUCAGCACCACCAUAGGGAACACUGCCCUUAUCCAGUGGCAGCCACCUAAGGAGAUGGUGGGGGAGCAUGUUGGGUACCAGCUGCAAUACAAGAGAGCAGAGGAGGAAGCUUUCACCAUCAAGGACUUCAGAAAGAUAGAUGAUCAUUUCACAGUUACCGGCCUCCACAGAGGAGGGACCUACAUCUUCAAACUGUGCGCCAAAAACCGAGCAGGCAAUGGGGAGGAAUAUAUGAAGGAGAUCAGCAUCCCUGAAGACAUUCCCAGCAGCUACCCCCAGAAUCUGAGUGUGGUAGGCCUGACCGCCACCUCCACCCAGCUGGCCUGGGACCCCCCUCUUCUGGCUGAGAGGAAUGGAAAGAUUGUGAAGUACAUGGUGGUGUAUCGGGAUAUCAAUAGCCAGCACAACAACACAAACCAUACCACAGGAACACAGAUGACCAUCCAAGGUUUACAGCCUGACAUAACCUAUGACAUCAGAGUCCAAGCCUUCACCAGUAAGGGGGGAGGUCCCAUCAGCCCCAGCAUCCAGAUCAGGACCAUGUCCACCUCUAUGCCAGACCUUCCCCCAGUGUUCACCAAGAACUUUGGUGUGAAGGCUGUGAUGAAAACUUCAGUCCUGCUGACCUGGGAAGUGCCAGAAACCUACAAAUCUCAAGUGCCUCUUAAGAUCCUGUACAACCAGCAGAGUGUGGAGGUUCAAGGCAACCUGAAGAGGAAGCUAAUCACACAACUGCAACCAGAUACUGAUUAUUCUUUUGUGCUGAUGAGCCGGGGGAACAGCGCUGGGGGCCUCCAGCAGCAGGUUUCCAUUCGAACAGCUCCAGACCUGCUGAAGAUGAAACCUGUUCGAUACCAACACGAUGAGGAGGGUGGUAAAGUGACCAUCAGUCUACCCAGGGUCCCUGCUGGAGCCCCUAUCAGGUGGUACUACAUAGUGGUUGUCCCUGUCACCCUGGCUUCUCUGAGCAGAUGGCAGAAUCCUGAAGACAUGGACAUAAAUGAGCUCCUGGAGGCCGGUGCUAACAGCAGUGUGCAGAGAAAGAGGAGACAGAGCCAGGACUUCCUGCAGCCCUACAUCACUGCCAAACUGGAGGUUCUGCCUGAGAUCUUCACUCUGGGUGAUGAGAAGAAAUACAAUGGCUACUACAACAAACCCCUCCCUGGCCAGCAGCAUUAUCGCUGCUUUGUCCUGGCUGACCUGAUGGACGACGAAGCUCACACAACUUUUGCGGCUAGCCCGUUCUCCGAGCCCAUCAUGGUGAAGCUCCACCAUGGGAUGACCCGACAAACUGAGGACCCAGAGAUGCUGUGGGUGAUGGGUCCAGUCCUGGCUGUCAUUCUCAUCAUCGUCAUAGUCAUUGCUAUUCUACUCUUCAAGAGCAAACAAGAAAGGAAGCGAACAUCUCCAGCCAAGGAUGAGCACAUGGCAGGUUUCAAGGACUCACUACUGGCCCACUCCUCAGACCCUGUGGAGAUGAGGAGACUCAACUAUCAGACACAAGAUUCCUGUGCUCUCAGUCGCCCAAACACUCCAAGGAUGAGGGAACAUCCUCCCAUUGCUAUCUCUGACCUGGCAGACGACAUAGAGAGGCUUACAGCCAAUGAUGGUCUGCGCUUCGCUCAGGAAUACGAGUCUAUCGAUCCAGUACAGCAGUUCACCUGGGAGCAUUCCAACCUGGAGGUCAACAAGCCAAAGAACCGCUAUGCAAAUGUUAUCGCCUAUGACCACUCCAGGGUCAUCCUCACACCUGUAGAUGGAGUUCCAGGGAGUGACUACAUCAAUGCCAAUUACAUUGAUGGUUACAGGAAGCAGAAUGCUUACAUCGCCACACAAGGGCCGCUGCCAGAGACACUAAGUGACUUCUGGAGGAUGGUGUGGGAGCAGAGGACCUGCACCAUUGUUAUGAUGACGCGUCUAGAGGAGAAGUCACGGGUGAAGUGUGACCAGUAUUGGCCCAGUCGAGGCACAGAGACAUAUGGGAUGAUUCAGGUCACCAUGCUGGACACUGUGGAGCUGGCUACGUACAAUGUACGCUCAUUUGCCCUCUAUAAGAAUGGCUCGAGUGAAAAGAGAGAGGUUCGUCAGUUCCAGUUUAUGGCCUGGCCUGACCAUGGAGUGCCAGAGUAUCCCACACCAACACUGGCCUUCCUACACAGAGUCAAGGCCAGCAACCCUCCAGACGCUGGACCCAUGGUGGUCCACUGCAGUGCUGGUGUGGGCAGAACAGGAUGUUUCAUUGUGAUCGAAGCCAUGCUGGAGAGGAUGAAACACGAUAAGUCGGUAGACAUUUACGGUCAUGUGACAUGUAUGCGAGCUCAGAGGAACUACAUGGUGCAGACAGAGGAUCAGUAUAUAUUCAUCCAUGAGGUCCUGCUAGAAGCUGCAGCAUGUGGCAAUACAGAAGUCCCCGCACGCAACCUUUACACCCACAUCCAGAAGCUCACCCAGAUCCCUCCUGGAGACACUGUCACAACUAUGGAACUGGAGUUUAAGAAACUUGCAAAUUCUAAAGAACAUACCUCAAGAUUCAUCAGUGCCAACCUGCCAUGUAACAAAUUCAAAAACCGCCUGGUGAACAUCAUGCCUUUUGAGUCUACCCGUGUCUGCCUACAACCAAUCAGAGGGGUGGAGGGCUCUGACUACAUAAACGCCAGCUUCAUUGACGGAUACCGGCAGCAGAAAGCAUACAUGGCCACCCAGGGCCCGUUAGCCGAGACCACAGAGGACUUCUGGAGAAUGUUGUGGGAACACAACUCUACCAUUGUAGUCAUGCUCACCAAACUCCGUGAGAUAGGACGGGAAAAGUGCCAUCAGUACUGGCCCGCUGAGCGCUCUGCACGCUACCAGUACUUCGUUGUGGACCCCAUGGCUGAGUACAACAUGCCCCAGUACAUCCUGAGAGAGUUCAAAGUCACAGAUGCCAGGGAUGGUCAGUCGAGGACCAUCAGGCAGUUUCAGUUCACUGACUGGCCAGAGCAAGGAGUGCCAAAAACUGGGGAGGGAUUCAUUGACUUCAUCGGCCAAGUCCAUAAAACUAAAGAGCAAUUUGGACAAGAUGGACCAAUCACUGUGCACUGCAGUGCUGGUGUUGGGCGGACCGGUGUGUUCAUCACCUUGAGUAUCAUCCUGGAGAGGAUGAGGUAUGAGGGAGUGGUCGACCUCUUCCAGACUGUCAAGAUGCUCCGUACUCAGAGACCAGCCAUGGUGCAAACAGAGGACCAGUACCAACUGUGCUACCGAGCUGCUCUGGAGUACCUAGGAAGUUUUGAUCACUAUGCAACAUAGCCGUACCCAGAAAGACACCCUCGGAAAACUUUGUGUCUCCUCUGAGUCGUAUCCACCCAGUUCCAUCAGUCCUUGCGGCCUGAUGAGGAGGUUACAAGGAGGACUGCUGAAGAGGUGACCGCAGCACAAAACAGGAGAGAUUAGAAGACAGAGGAGAGGGGACAGGAUGACCUCCUGCUGGACUGGUGCCACAGACUCAAGACCAAUACCUCCAAAACACCAACCCUGAAAGACUCAGAGUCAUGCCUCAUUCUGGUUCUUGACCGAAUACUCUCAUAACCCUCUAAUUUCUGCCUCGUCCUAAAUAUAGUCUUCAUUACUUA